AUGCAUUCCAAUGCCAUAGCCCUCGUCGUCUCAAUAGCCUUCCUCGUAAGGUGUGAAGCUUGUAAGUGUAGCGNNAAUGGAAACCUGUCGGCGGUCAACCUCACUCCUCAAAUAACAUCGACCACUGUUGCCCCAGGCCUAGGUGCAUACAUUCUGGCCGCUCUAGGACAAACACCGACCUACACUAACACCACAAUGACCACCGCUGGCUUGAAUACUACAGCUUCCUCGAUUCGCUCUUCGGAUGUGUCAACACCAACGCGUAGCACUAUCUGCUAUGGUGGAGGAGGCCGAUGCUGGGAUGAUAUUACUUACAUUAGUCCAACAAUAGCGCCGACGGGUGUCGGUGCCGCAUAUGCGACAUCAUGUUCCAAUCUGAUCUCCGCUUACAAUUCAGCUUCCAACUCCUGGGUGGACAAACACAGCUACUUCACCAAUUAUACUAACGUCCUUGGAGGAACGACAUGGAAGUCGGUCACAUAUUAUGCGAACGCGACAACUCUCUGCGACGGCCACGCACGUGUGAACUAUUCGCCCGCGAUUGCUACCUCGAGUACCGUCAUUACGACUGUGGGUACGGCACCAAGCACUUCCGUCGGUACAGCAUCAAUGGGGUGGAUGUUCCCCAUCUCGUCCGUUUCCUGCAGUGUCGAUCCUUCUGAUUGCGACGGAUUAUGGCAAGCUUAUAGCACCGCAUCAUCGAAAUGGACUGGUGCCGCCAAUGGUACCCGUGCAGUCGAUGCCAUCUUUCCUACCAUCACGCCAUCGCCUUCACAACCUGCUUGUGUAAACUCCAGUCAGUCGAUGUCGGACGAGGCCUUCUCAAAGAGCUUUUAUGGAUGUGGACUUUGCACAAUUUUCGGCAAUGAGGUCGAGUUGCUAUACUUCCCGGAAGCUACUACUGCCUCUCGCGACAUGUGUGCGACCACACCGACUGCUAAACCAACGGCGUACAGCGCAAAUGAUGGUAUGCCUUACACAGGUGUCGACCCAUCAGCAAUCUGGAACGGAACAGGCACUCCUCUGGAAACCGCUGUUGUUGGAAAGCACACGUUUGUACGUGACGGCCAAGCAUACAUCUCGAUCAAGAAUGUCUACGCAAUGAACAGAUGCAGCAGCCAGAUUGGUACCACCGUCACUGAUGCUAUCCUUGCCCUACCAUCAGACAGACUGUUGAGUUUGCGCUAUUCCCAAGACCACUUCCAGUAUUUCGUCACGACGGACAAGAUCACCGGAUACCCCUUUAAUUACGCUGAUCUGAAUACUCCCGUCCCUUACAGUGCUUGGAACGGACAGGCAAGAUGUGAAUAUCCUGGGUUCGCCGACUACAAGUGUGAUGUCAUCUACGAAAACCAAUACAAUCCCCAACUCGCCAUGCCUCCAGGUAUCAGGAAACUUGACCCAGCAUGGGAAGGUUGCCAGAUGUGGUAUGGAGGUCUUUACGAUCCACCGUAUGCCUUGAAACCUGGAACCGCUGUUGAGACGCCUACAGUCGCUUUUGGGCCAGCACCGUCAACAACCACUUCAGCAGCAGAGGCUUCAAGUGCAGCUCCUACGACGGCCACACCUACUGCUCUGGCAGACCACACGACUGAGCGAGCGGAUUCUACGCAAGAACCAGGAAACAACGGCGAUAGUCGACAGACACAGGAAGCCGAAGAAACACAGGCUGCUAACACUGCAGGCCACAAUCAGGAUGGCCAGGCUACUCAAACACAGAACGCUCAAACUACGCAAGCAUCUCAGAACGCUCAAACUACGCAAGCAUCUCAGAACACUCAAGGCGCAAGUCACAAUAAUGGUGGAGGUAAUAGCCAGGGCGGAAGCAAUGGAAACAAUAUUGGCCAGAACUCUCAAGGAGGAGCACAAAACACUCAAGGUGGUCAAUCUCAAAACGAAGGACAAGGUAGCCAAAGUGGUCAAUCACAGAACGCAGCUCAAGGCGGCCAAUCACAAAAUGCAGGUCAAGAUCAGCACUGGAAUCCAACACAGGCCGGAGCACAAAACACUCAAGGAGGUCAGAACAUCCAAGGUGCCAAUACUGCAAACGGAGCACAGAAUACUCAAGGUUCCCAAGCACAAAAUGGAUCACCAGGCGGCAACUCGCAGUUGUCUGCAAAACCUCAUAUUUACGUGUUCACUGCUGGAACCUUUACUUACACCGCCACCAAGACUGCCAUCGAGACAAACACGGUUUAUGUUUGCGGCAAAGACACUCUAUCAGUUGGUGGGCCAGCCGCGACGCUUCCUGUCAAUUGUGUAAUCAGUGCUGGCUCAGAUGGGCUGGUCAUCAACACAGAGGCGGCUACGAUUACAAACCAUGCAUCUGCAGUUACUGCACUGCCCGUCAUCACCAAGGCUGUCAUUGUUACCGUUGGUACCGAGGUUCAGACUUUAUCCCAAGACUCAGCAGGCGUGGUCAAGAUUGGCUCGACCAGACUCACUCCUGGCGGUUCGGCAGCCACACUCGAUGAUGGGUCUGUUGUCAGUGCCGAUAGUGAAGGUGUCAAGGUUGGCUCUACCAUUGUCAAGUACUCGACCGUGGCACCUGCAUCUGCAGCAACUCCCAACGUCCUGGUACUUGUUGUUGGUACGAAGACCGUUACUGCAUCAUGCCCUCCUGGAUCAACCAACCAAGCUGUCAUCGGAUCCAUCACACUCACCGCCGGUGCAGCUGCUCAAACACUCGAAGAUGGUUCUCGCGUCAGCCUCGCAUCAGGAGGUACUAUUGUUGUUGAUGGCACUUCAGCUGGUGCAAUUGCGACUCCCGCAUCCGCAGUGGUGUUCACCGUCAACGGCAAUGCAGUAACAGCAUACCAGGCCUCUGGUGUCUCGGGUGUCGCGACAAUCGAUGGCACUGUGAUCUCACGAGAUGGCUCUGCUAUGACCUUGCCCAGUGGCGAAGUGGUCAGUAUGGGCUCUAAUGGACUGGUUGUGCAACAGGGCUCCACGACUGUGCCUGUCUCUGCCUUCACGACCAACUCUGUUGAGGACGAUUCAUCAUCCUCAUCAGCUGCAUCUGGAUCUAAAUCUGGAUCCCGUGCUGCAAGUAACAGCGCAGUAAUGAGUACGACGAGGUCUGCUCAACAGAACCAAGGCUCGCAGGCGUCAGCCACUACCAGCAAAUCAGGAGCAGCAUCCAUCAUCAACUUGUCCGCUACAGCCAGCCUGGUGACGACCGUUUUCCUCAUCUCACCCCUUCUAUUCGCCAUCUACCUAUAG